AUGCAGCCGACGCCAACGAUCACUGGUCAACAACCCAUUGCUGGCCCGACACCAAGUAUUGGCUGCGCACAUGCCGUCCCUGGUAGCGACGGUCGCGUACCGCCCACCGCCUGCAAUUCCAACUACGCUACCGAAAUCUCCUUUGCACCCGCCCUUGCCGCCGCCGUGAUCUUCUGCAUUCUGACCGUGACCCAUGUUGUCCUCGCCUUCACAACCCGAAAGACUUACGCCUGGGUCUUGAUCAUGGGCAGCAUCUGGGAGUCGGCAGCUUUCGUGGUCCACGCCAUCGGGGCCAAGGACCAGCAGUCGGAACCCCUUGCUGUUGCCUACUCCAUGCUCUAUCUUCUUGCCCCUCUCUGGAUCACAGCUUUCGUCUACAUGACCUUUGCCCGCCAGGUAUGGUAUUGGACCCCGGAUCAAAGACUGUUCAUGUUCAGUGCCCACGUCCUCUCAAAGGUGUUCGUUCUCGCGGACGUCCUAGCCUUCGUCCUGCAGUUCCUCGGCGCUGCUCUCGUCACGAACCACAAGGUCAAGACCCCCGAAGAGAUGCGUCGCGGCGCCAUCUUGCACCUGGCUGGCUUAUCGCUGCAGCUCGCUGUGACAGCCAUCUUCCUUGUCCUCAUGUCAGCAUGGCACCUCAACAUGAUCGCCUACGAGGCCGAGAGAGCACAUUUAGACCCUUAUGGGGACCACACCCUUGAAGGGCCCGUCAGGCGCUCUUGGAAGUUCCUGCACGCCGCCAUGUACAUCGUCGUGCUGCUCAUAGCCGUCAGGCUGUGCUUCCGGCUUGCCGAGUCCGGCCAGAUCAUCGCCGGCAACACGCGUGGCGGCCUAGCGAGCUCCCAAAUCUUGCAAUACCUCCUGGACGCUGCACCUGUUAUGCUGUGCCUGGCUGUGCUGGCCAUCGCGCACCCGGGUCGCUUCCUGAUUGGUAAAGACUCGGAGAUGCCCUCGUGGGCAGAGCGGAGAGCUGCGGCAAGGGAGGCGAGGGCUCUGCAAGCCCGUAAGGAGGCUGCGUUUGGAAAUGCGCCGACGGAGUCGAUUUCAGAUCAGUAUUGGGGCACCAGAAAUGAGUAA